UAGACUCUCACUACACAUGCAUCCAUACUCUUCAUUUCAAAAUUUUCAGCUUUAUGCACUCCCCAAGCAUCGACCUCCUGCCGAGGAUUCCGCUAGACCAUUCGAACAUGUUUUUCCUAACAUCCGAUCCUACAUGACUUGCGAGGCAUCACCCAUGAUGGGCACCCCCAAGCACAGAGACCUGUAAGAUGUGCAGAUGCACGUUAGCGCACCAGGAAUAAUACUCUGGGGUAGGGUGGGGUGACAGCUGGUUUAGCUUAGCACCAAGCAGCACGCAACAUCUACUACUAUUUUUCCGGCGUGAAGAGGACUGGCUUCUUGAGUUCUAUUCUUUCCUGUGUCCACGCCUCAUCUCAUUGCCUCCGCAUCUUGCUCGUCAGAAUCGAGAUUUUGUUUGGUAAUGGUGGUGCAGAUGUAUGUCUGAUAUAUUCUUGCUCUUGGCGCUCUAGGCGACGAUGGAGGAUUCCGAUGCUCCAUCGCCUCAGCGGGUGAUGGCAGAUCCGGAUCCUAAUUCUCUUCAAGAGGCGAUGCAAGGUCCAAUUAAUGUUUGGCUGGGGCCUAUUGGCCCCGUCCUCCAGAGGCUCCUAACGCUCACGGCUUCUGGAAAGAGUCUGCCGGAUGGACUCGGCGCCGAUCAGAUUGUUCUUCUCAGAAAUGGUCUCAAGAAAUUAUGCUCCCCCCUGGAGGAUAUGUCGGAAGACGAGGUCGACGCUAGCACCACGGCCAGGUGGUGGAUGAAGAUAGUUCGUGAACUUUGUUACGACACAGAGGAUCACCUGGACGAGGUUGUGGGCGCUGGCGCUCAUCUAGAUUUUUCACAAUUUCUUGCUCGUGCUAAUGAUGCGAGGGAAAGACGCGAACGAUUCCACUGGUCGCCUCCCAGGUCUAUCAUCAAGCCAGCUGACCGGGGGGAAGCUGGUGUCAGCCGCCUCACCUCGGAUCCCAUCGGCGGCCGUAGCAGAAAAGUUGACGUUGUGGAGUCCCCAGACAGGCUUGUCAAGCUGCUGGCUUUAGACAAGACUGAUCUCAAGGUGAUACCGAUAAAUGGAUGUGCAGGUGCUGGAAAAACAGCAGUUGCCAGAACUUUGUAUCACAGGUACGGACGGCAAUUUCACUACCGGGCUUUCGUGACUGUGUCCCAAAAUCCAGAUAUGAGGGGUUUUCUCAGCAGCAUGCUCUCACAACUUAAGGCACCAAGCCCCCUUGGCUUUCCUGAUGUGCCAGACCUUGUUGAUGCUAUCAGCGAGCAUCUACAACGCAAAAGGUACUUCAUCGUAAUUGAUGAUUUGUGGACUGCAUUAGUAUGGAAUAUUAUUAGCCGUUCUUUUCCACAUGGUGAUUAUUGCAGCAGAACAAUAAUAACCACACAGAUUGAUGAUGUAGCAUUGGAAUGCUGCAGUUAUAACUCGGACUAUAUGUAUAAGAUGGAACCUCUUAAUGAUGGUGAAUCGAGAAAGCUAUUCUUUGGUAGAGUGUUUGGCUCUGAAGAUGAUUGUCCAGUAGAUAUCAAAGAAAUUUCAUACGAGAUUAUCAGGAAAUGUGGUGGUUUGCCAUUGGCAAUUGUAAGUAUAGCCAGCCUGUUAGCAAGUGAAUCAAACAACUUAAAGGAGAAGUGGAAGCACAUACAGGAUUCUUUGCCGUCCACUUCUGAAGUGAUCUGCAAUAGUCUUCCACACCUUAUGUACGAUAGUCUUCCACCUCGUUUGAGGACAUGCCUGCUAUAUCUCAGUAUGUAUGCACAGGGCUGCGUGGUCGAAAAGGAUGAUUUGGUGAAGCAGUGGGUGGCUGAAGGUUUUGUCAGUCCUGUGGUUGGGCGAGACACAGAAAAGAUUGCUGAGGGCUAUUUUGAUGAGCUUGUCAGCAGUGGAAUGGUCCAAGCCGUGGACACCAACAAUAACGGCAAGGUGUUGUCUUGUACAGUUCAUCAGAUGGUACUGGAUUUUAUUAGGCAGAAAUCCAUGGAAGAGAAUUUCAUUAUCACUAUGGACUAUUUUCAAUCAACUCUUGCACUUGCUGACAAAGUUCGCCGAUUAUCCGUCCAGUUUGGAGGGGUAAAAAACGCAUAUAUACCACAAAGUAUCGUAACAUCCCAAGUCAGAUCACUUAUGUUUUGGGGUUUCUUCAAAUGUGUACCUUACAUUAGGAAUUAUGGACUUCUUCGAGUUCUGGUUCUUCAUAUUUGGGCUGAUCGACACAAGAAGAGUUUUGAUCUCAUGGCAAUCGGGAAGCUAUUUCAACUAAAGUACCUCAAGAUUGAAUGUAACAUCACUGUCAAGCUUCCAGGCAAGAUUCGAAAGCUGGAACACUUGGGUACACUGCAAGUGGAUGCAAGAUUAUCUGCUGUUCCAUCAGAUAUUGUUAAUCUGAAGAAAUUACUGCAUCUUGGAUAUUUGGAUAUCGGCAGUCACUCAGAAGAGAAUGUGUUGCAUCUUGGAGGGCUGACCAAUCUCCAGAAUCUUCAGCUCACCUGUUCUACAGCAGAAAAUUUGGAAAUGAAUGUUCAACACCUAGGCUCGAUCCUUGAGAAACUCAGCGCCUUGCAGUCCCUGACUCUGGUACCAGCUGCUUCUGGCUCCUCUUGUAUAAAUAUUCUUGAGGAUGGCUUCAGGAUGGCGUCUCCUCCUAGCCCGGACCUGCCUCUUCGGAAGAUCGAGCUGUCACGGCGCUGUUGCAUCUUCUUCAGCCUGCCUAAGUGGUUUGGAGAACUGAGGAACCUCUGCAUUCUAAAGAUUGCAAUUAGGAGACUGUCGAUGAAUGACAUUGAUAUGCUGAAAGGACUACCUGCCCUCACUGCUCUCACCCUGUAUCUCCAGACAGUUUAUAAAGAGAAGAUAGUCAUCGACGUUGGGGGCUUCCAAGUACUCACCUACUUCAAGUUCAUGUGUGCUGCGCCAUACCUAUCCUUUCUGCAAGGAGCAAUGCCCAGAGUCCAGAAGCUCAAGAUAGGUUUCAAUUUUAACCAAUGGAGAUCACAUUCCUUUGGAACAAUUGGUUUCCCUCACUUGACAGGCCUGACAGAGGUCUCCGUAAAACUUGGGGUUCGAAAUGCUGAUGAAGAGUUUGACAAAAAAGCUGCACGGUCUGUGGAGGCUGCCGUAAGGUGUCACCGGAACACUCUUAUACUCAGAUUACAAUGCAUGGAUAUGAUUUUUGAUGGCACUGAGGGUAAGCUUACCACGGCCGAAGAAGAAGAGAAAAAACGUGAGGAGAUCCAGAAAGGCAAGAAAAAGAUGAUGGAACGUUUGGAGGGAUAUCUGAACAAGCAAUUAGUGGAUAGCAGAUAUGCGAGAAAAGAUCCACUGACGCAUCAUGCACAAUCAUUCAACGUCGUGACGGGCGCCAUGAACUCCCUUCUCCCCAAGCUGCUUGACCUCCUCGAGGACGAGUGCACGCUGCAGAAGGGCAUCAAGAAGCUUGUCGACUCCCUCUACAUGGAACUGGAGGCUCUGCAAGCUGCUCUCCGUGAGGUGGCGAAGCUGGAGGCUAAACAACUGGAAGAGGUGCUCAAUACGUGGGCCAGGGAUGUAAGGGACCUCUCGCAUGACGCUGAGGAUAUCGUCGAUUCCUUAGCAGUGCGCGUCGAGGGCUCUGAUCCUGAAACAAUACUAAAGGCCGGUAUUGUUGAUAUCCUUAGUCCUAGAACCUCUGCGUUGCUCAGCAGAGGGAAAGCCCGCCAUGAGAUCUCUGAUGCCAUCGAUGACAUGAUGUCAAAGGUCCAGGAUUUGGCCGCCCGACGUGAGAGAUACAAGGUCGGUGCCCACACCGCUCCUAAUCCAAAUGCCGCAGUUAGCUUUGACACUCCCUUGUCGGAUGUGUACAAAUACCCCAAAGAUAUGGUUGCCAUAAAGGUUCCAAGGGACGAGGUGAUAAUGAUGCUGACAGAUGGAAAUGUGAUCAAGAAGCUGAAGAUAGUCUCUAUUCUUGGAAUGGGAGGAUUGGGGAAGACCACUCUUGUUAAAGCAGUGUAUGACAAGAUUCGACUGCAGUAUGAGUACACGGCUUUCGUUUCAGUAUCUAGGUAUCCUGAUGUGACGAAAGUUUUGAUGGAGAUCCUUUUCCAAAUUGACAAGCAAAACUGUAGGAAUCUCAGUUUGCCAAAAUUAGAUGAUCAUUACCUUAUUGAUGAAAUCAGGAGACUACUUCAGAACAAGAGAUACUUGAUCGCAAUUGAUAAUAUAUGUGAUGUGAAUUUGUGGGAAAUAAUCAAACUGGCUUUUGUUGAUAAUGGACUUGGAAGUAGAGUAGUCACAACUACUCGGAUUCACCUGGUGGCCAAGACGGGAGGUGAAGUUUACCAGCUAAAACAACUUACCGAUGAGCAAUCAAGAGAAUUAUUCAGUGCAAGACUGUUCAAUGGUGAGAAAAAUGUCCCUCACAAUAUAGGGGAGGUGCCAACUAAGAUUUUGUCGAAAUGUGAUGGUGUACCGCUGGCUAUCAUAACAGCAGCUAGUUUGUUGGUCGGAAAAUCAACGAAUGAUUGUUCCAAGGUGUACAACAAUAUUUAUUUCGGGUCUGAGUUUGAAGACAACACAAGAAAGAUACUGAAAUCUAACUAUUACGAUCUUCCUUAUCACUUGAGGGCAUGUUUAUUGCAUCUACACAUGUUUCAAGAGGACUGUAUAAUCAGGAAAGAAGCUUUGAUGUGGAAAUGGGCAGCCGAAGGUUUAAUUGCAGAGGUACCUGGAAAAGGUUUAUUUGAGCUUGGAGAGGGAUACUUGAAGGAACUCAUAAACAGAAACCUGGUCAUGCCGGUUGAGGACGACUCAAAUCCUGGGAAGGUAAUUGGCUGCUGUGUCCAUGAUUUGGUUCUCGAUAUGAUCUGUUCCUUAUCAACUGAAGAAAACUUUAUUACCGUACUGGAUAGUAACAAGCAAGAACCCCCUGUCGAAAGCAAGACUCGCAGGUUAGCUGUCCAAAAAUGGGACACGGAGCAGGGCGACCCUCUGGCUAACAUUCGCCCAGAAAGGCUGAGGUCAUUUAACACCAUGGGGUGUCAUUUGAGUAUGGAACUAUCAGUUUCAAGGUUUAAGCUGAUGCGCGUCCUUGCUCUGGAAGAAUGUACGUUGUUUGAUGGAAAUCUUUCUCAUCUAGGGAAGUUACUUCUGUUGAGGUACCUCGGACUAUAUAAGACACCUAUCAAAAAGCUACCGGAAGACAUAGGUGACCUGAUUUAUCUGCAGACACUGGACCUGAGGGGAACAAGUGUGAAAGAAUUGCCAGAGAGAGUGGCUGGGUUACGGCAACUCAAGUGCCUGCGAGCUGAUAAAGGCACAGCAGUGCCGGAUUGGAUGGAAAAUCUUACAUCCUUAGAAGAGUUGCGGCUGGGCGAGGUCAGCAGGUCCGCAGACUUCACGACUGAGCUGGGCAAACUGACAGGGCUGAGGGAACUCGAGAUUUGGAUUGACGAGUUGGAUAAGAACCAAAACAAUGCUUUGGUGCAGUCUAUGAGAAAACUAGAGAAAAUACAAGUCCUAAGAAUUAUGGGCAAUAGGUGGACAUCAGGGAGUGAACUUAAUUGGGAAGACUUCUACCCACCUGUACAACUCCGUGAGUUACACCUAUCAAGCAUCCCAUGCCCUCGGCUGCCCAAACGGAUCACCGUCUCCCAUGUUCCAAUGCUCUCUCGCUUAUCUGUGUACGUAAAGGCCAUAAAGGAGGAGGAUCUGGAUCUCCUUGGGGCAUUGCCAGAGCUCAUCAGUCUGGAGCUGCUAUCGCUGUGGGACGCCGUCCGCGAAAUCAAGGGUGGCGGUGCGUUCCCAAGGUUGAAGUUCUUUAACACGUUCUCACCAUUCAAGUUUCUACCAGGGGCUAUGCCAAGACUUGCAAUCCUUCACUUCGCACUACUCAUCACUUCCCGGGGGCCACUAGAUAAAUUCAAGGUUAAUUUUGAAAAUUACUUUGUUAACUCGAUGUUGGGGAACCUCCUUUCACUUGAGAAAGUGGAAGUGAGACCCCUUGAUGACGUCGAGGUGAUGUGUGAAGCAGUGAGGCGUGGACUGGACCAACAUCCGAACAGUCCAAGCCUUCAUAUCUUAAAAUAAUGAUCGGGUGAGUUCUGUGUACUGAAGGCUUCGAUGUGAACCAUGUCACCAGCUUCAGGACCACCUGAUCCUCAUUCCAUGAGCUUAGUUCUUGCUUGGAGGAAAAACAAGAAAAAAAAAGGAAAAGGAAAACAGUUAUUUACUUAUGGACUUCGAGUGCUAUGUUACCUGUUUCCUAGCUCAAGGGAUAGGUCUUUAUGUUGCUUACUUAUUUUCCAAAAUAAAAAGUGCAAAAAAAAUUAGUGUCUCCUUUAGUGGAAAACUAUGUUUAAAAUGGAUCGAGUUGCUCUUCUAGUGGGAGUAGUCCCUUGCCUUAUUAUUUGGCCGAGUUAAAAAACAGGAGAAAAAGCCUACAAAAAAUUAUGUUCUUAGUUGUUAUACAAAUGUGUCUUUUUCUUUUGGUGGUGUUCUGGGUAUGGGGUGUUGGUUGGGAACUCCGCCUAUGCCAAUUCUAAGGCGACACAUAUUGCCGCGUAGCCGGUUCCAAGCCCGGAGAAAGGAGGAGGACCAGCCAUGUAAAUGUUAAGGAGGAAGGGAUGUACUUAUGCAAUGAUCAAACCAUUGUACACUAUGUGGUGUAGCUACUCCACAAUUUGUUCCUAACUACUCGAUGAGCUUGACAAUCUGUCAAUUUAAAAUUUAUAGUUUACUUCGAUCUA